CUACUUAAGACACCCAUCCCCCAUUCUUUAACUUUUUUUUCCCGUUUCCAACAUUCUAACAAACACUCAUAGCAUAAUGAACAACCACGACUACUUCCUCCACCACCAUAACCACGGCACCGAUCUCCAACUCUCUUCUGCCUCUCAGAGAGCCUCCGGCGACUACUUCAGCCCCACGCCUUACCCUCAAAACCCGAGGAAGAAAAGAACUAAAUUGAUCAGAACUGAUAACCCAAUUGGGGUGAAGUUGAACUCGAGUAGUAGUAGUAGUAUUAGAGUUCCAGAAAAACCUAAGUGUAGCAAAAAGCCUGACCCUAGUGCUCCGAAGAUCACUCGGCCUUGCAGUGAGUGUGGAAAGAAGUUUUGGUCAUGGAAGGCUCUUUUUGGGCACAUGCGCUGCCACCCCGAACGCCAGUGGCGCGGCAUCAACCCUCCUCCGAAGUUCCAGCGGUGCCCCAUGCCAGCAGAGAUUGCCGGAAAUGGGUAUGCCGAAGCAGGGAGAUUGACCGAGGAGGAUCACGAGAUUGCCGCCUGUUUGUUGAUGCUGGCCAAUUCGCCUACUAUUGCUAGUUGUCCCGGUACUGAUCAUGCCGGCCUGUUUGCAUCUGAUAAUGUGGUUAGGGAUGUGGAGGCCGGUGGUGGAGAUGCGGUGGCAGGUGGUGGUGAUAUGGUGGUGAGCGGAUUCGAGUGUUCGAGUUGCAAGAAGGUGUUUGGGUCACAUCACACAUUAGGAGGGAACAGGGCAACCCACAAGAAUGUGAAGGGUUGUUUUGCAAUUACAAGGAGUAAUGACAGUGGGGAAGUAGAACAUCACAAUCACAUUAAUGGUUGCAAUUUGGAUUAUAGAAGUGGAGAUCAAGGGGAGGUGACGAGGGCUAUUGGGGAGGAGAAGCUGAUGAUGGUUAUGGGGCACAAGUGCAGCAUUUGCUUGAGGGUAUUUUCGAGCGGUCAAGCCCUUGGGGGUCACAAGAGGUGCCAUCGGGAGAGAGGGGAUGAACCAUCAUCAUCAUUACUCAUCACAGCAACACAAGGACUCAACCCUUUUGGAGCAACAAGGAAGGGUGGUGGUGGUUGUGGUGGUUUGGACUUGAACUUGCCUGCCCCAGUUGAAGAUGAUUCCUUGUCUUCUCAUUCUUCAGGUCAGGCUUUGGAUUUAAAGUUAGGCCUUUGAUGGACUUUGUGUGUUUUUCUUUUUCUUCUUCUAAGUUAUAGUUUGUAUUAUUCGUUUGUAAUAUGGAUAUAUGAUGCUAGCUUGUUCUACGGGUUGUUGUCGUUGUUGUAUGCCUUGAAAAAGGCCGAUGUUAGCCCCAAAAUUUGGACCCAGAA